UUUUUUGUAACAUGACACUAACUUUUUUGUUGUAAAAAAAUACAUUAAUUAAGACACAUGAGGGGUAACUUGUUGCUCAGCUUUGGUUAAAUUAUUGUCCGAAUAAAGACCUCAUCCAAUGUCCCACACACACGUUUGAAUUGAUUUGUUUUUUGUUUUUCUCAGCGAAAAUGAUUUCUGGAAAUACCUUCUGCUAAUCUCUUUCAAAUCUGGACGACGAUUGUGUUUAGUGGCUUUAGUUACUAACCUAUGCCACUUCUUCUUCACUCAUCUCUGUUAUCUCUUCAUCUUCAUUUUCCAGUUUUAUCGCUUUUCAUUUUAAUAUCUUUCUUUCUUUCUUUCUUUCUUGGGUUUCUCCAAUUUUGUCGGAACUUGAUGCUUUCGAGAUGCCCAUCUCUUGAAACCGCGAAAUUUCUCGUCUUUCCCGUAAUUUACCUGGUGGAAUUCACAAAUUGAUUGGGGCAAAAAUUAGGGUUAGAGCUUCUUACGAUUCCAAAACGAUGAGUCACCGGCGUGAAUCCAGCGGAGAUGUAGUCCACGUGAUACCCACAAACAACCCUCCCCCGGAGAAUUGGUUCCCGAAUCUCGGCGACACCUCCGUCUGGGCCACGGAAGAUGACUACAACCGCGGCUGGGCGGUGAAUCCCGAUAACUCCUCCUCCGGCGGCGACAAUGGUCCUCCGAACAAGAAAACGCGAGGCUCUCCGUCGUCCUCCUCCUCCUCCGCCGCCGCAGCCGCAGCAGCAGCGGCGAGCAACCGUACCAAAGCGAUCGGGAAAAUGUUCUUCAAGACGAAGCUGUGCUGCAAGUUCCGAGCCGGGACGUGUCCGUACGUUACUAACUGCAACUUCGCUCACACCGUGGAGGAGCUCCGUCGUCCGCCGCCGAACUGGCAGGAGAUCGUGGCGGCUGCUCACGAGGAGGAGAGAUCGGGUUCGGGGACUCCUACUCCUACUACUACUACUACUACUACUACUGCGGUUGAGCCGAGGGAAGAGUAUCAGAUCCCGUCUUUGGUGUCGUCGACGGCGGAGGAGGGUGGGAGAUCUUUUAAAGGAAGACAUUGUAAGAAGUUCUACACUGAAGAAGGGUGUCCUUAUGGAGAGAGCUGCACGUUUCUGCACGAUGAGGCUUCGAGGAAUAGAGAAAGCGUUGCGAUUAGUUUAGGCCCUGGCGGUUACGGUGGUGGUGGUGGUGCUGGUGGUAAUAGCAACGUAGUGGUGCUUGGUGGUGGUGGUGGUGGUGGUGGUGGAAGUGGGAUUGAUAUUUUGAAGCCUUCUAAUUGGAAGACAAGGAUUUGCAAUAAAUGGGAGAUUACUGGGUAUUGUCCGUUUGGUGCUAAGUGUCAUUUUGCUCAUGGAGCUGCAGAGUUGCAUAGAUUUGGUGGAGGGCUAGUAGAAGGAGAAGGCAAAGACGGAGGAGUAUCGUCCAAUCCAGAUAUAAAGCAAACCGGACCAAACCCGAAAGGACAUUCAGACACAACGACGACACUUUUAUCUCCGGGAGUCGUUUCCCAUCAUGCAGACGCUAGUUACCACAGUGGAGUGGCAUUGCAAAGAGCGUCUAGUGCGGUGACGCAGAAGCCUGGGAUCAGAACUCAUCAGAAAUGGAAAGGACCAGCGAAAAUCAGUCGGAUAUAUGGUGACUGGAUUGACGAUGUUGAAUGAGAAAGGUGUCUCCUUUUUUUUCUUCUCCAGAUCAGAUCGGCUAGAUAACUGGUACCGAAUAUUACAGUCUCUUUUCCUCGCUUUUCUAAAGAAAAAAAAAAAUGAAAGUUGGGGUUUUAGCUUUUUCCGACUUUAAACUUUGGUGAUGAUGGUACAGUUUGUUUGUAGAGUUUGUGUAAUCUUUGUAAUGCUUGUAUCUCCCUUUGUUGUUGUUGUUGUUGUAGCUUUAUGACUUUUAUGAAGUUGAAAUGUCAUCAUGUAUGUUUGUAUC